AGUCUUUGCAAGGGAUACCUCUUGAGUCCUCUGCCUGUUCCUGAAUAAUAUGUCCAGUACGAUGCUGCAGGUGUCCCAAAGGGCAGAUGAGCGUGGGCGUUGGGCGACUCCCACCUGCCCACCGCAGAUGCGAGAACUAAUUGCCUGGCGUGGUGGCAGUGAUGGAAGGUUCUAUUUGUCUUUGAGUGGUGGUUGGGCCUGAUCCCUGGUGCCUGCUCCGAGCUGCUUCCCUGCACUUCCACGGCCAGAGCUCUACCAAUCUGGGGCCAGUUCUGUCUGGAGCCCGUGGUCGCAUUCCUACAGGGUGGUCCCUUGCCCCUUCGCCAGGCCUACAGGUACCUCGCUCCCUGCAGCCCGGGGACCCUAGCGAAUCACAUCCGGAAGGAGGGGGCACGAGAGGCGGAGCGCGACCUGGAGGAGGAGACCGCGCCUCCGGGCCUCCCGUCCGCGGUCCUGCCGCAGCCCCCGCUAGCCUGCAGCCACCGAGCCGCCCCUCUCGCGGAACCCGCGGUGUCGCCCGCGCGCCCCGAGCCCCUCCCGGCCAGAGGCUUCCGCAGGUGAUGGCGGACCAGGGUGUAGAGGGCCUGGAAACCGCCGCGCGCCUGCCGCCCGGCCGGGCACAAGAAGGGGGCCCACGCCUGGCCCCCGCGACUGGGGCCCGAGAAGCCACGGGAUGCGGACACCCCGACCCGGCAGCCAACCCCGGAACCGUCCCGGCUUCCCCUGGGGGCAGGGAAGCGGCCUCUGCGGUGAUUGAUCGCAGCCCGGAAAACGGCCUUGUCGGGGACAAGGCCCCAGAAACCUGUGGCGCAGAGCGGUGUAGGGCUCAGGCUGGAGCCGGUGGGAAGACCGAGGAAGUGACGAAUGAGGGCGCCAUCUUCAUGGAGGAGGUGGAGAGGGAGGUGCAAAAGCAGCAGGUGGAGGAGAUGGAGGUGGGAGUGGAGGCGCAGGAGGUCCCAGGGCCCCUAAACCUUGAUGCCCCAGUUGUGGACCCACUGGACGCCAUCCAGUGGGAGCUGGAGGCUGUGAGUGCCCAGGCGGACAGGGCCUACCUGCAGCUGGAGCGCAGGUUUGGGCGCAUGUGCCGGUUACACCUAGCCCGUAGGAGCUUCAUCAUCCAGAAUAUUCCUGGCUUCUGGGUCACUGCCUUCCUGAACCACCCGCAGUUGUCAGCUAUGAUCAGCCCGCGAGAUGAAGACAUACUCUGCUACCUGAUGAAUUUGGAGGUGAGGGAGCUCAGGUAUGCCAGGACAGGCUGCAAGUUCAAGUUUCGCUUUUGGAGCAACCCCUACUUCCGGAACAAGGUGAUCGUGAAGGAGUAUGAAUGCAGGUCCUCAGGUCAGGUGGUGUCAAUUGCAACUCGCAUCCGAUGGCACCGGGGCCAGGAGCCCCCUGUGCUGGUACACAGGAACCGGGACACCGUCCGCAGCUUCUUCAGCUGGUUCUCACAGCACAGCCUCCCAGAGGCAGACAGUGUGGCCCAGAUUAUUAAAGAGGACCUGUGGCCCAACCCCCUGCAGUAUUAUCUGCUGGGGGAUAGGCCCCACAGAGCCAGGCGAGGUUUAGCAAGGUGGCCUACAGAGGCCUCCCCUAGGCCCUACGGGUUCCAGUCUGGCUAAGCCCUGCCCUGGGACCUGGCUGCUACAUCAGCCUCCCUUCUAUCUCCUGUGGACCAACAAUGGCACUCUGCUGUCUGCUUUCUCCUCCGUGUACUCUGGCCCUUCUGAACGUUCAGUAGACUGGGAUCCAAGAUGGUGGCCUUCGUGGCCUAGUUCUUCUGUUUCCAUGUGGCCCUCCUGCAUCUCGGGACUGUCACAUGCUACACUGUCUACCCAAGCACCCAAUGCCAUGGACGUGUACUGCCAUCAUCUUCCUGGCCUAUCUUCAAUCAUGGCCUUCCCACCCAUUUUUGGGAUGGGCACCUGCAAGUCAUCUCUGGGAGGACCAGUGCCUCUUCGAGGCCUACUACUUUAAGGCCACAACGUGCUGGGCUUCAUAUUUAUACUGGCCCCACCACUGGCUGCGGCAAGCUGAGUCUCAUCACCCACGAUGAAGUGGCUGCAUUGUGCUGGCUGUCAACUCCAGGGCCUCAGAGCUUCAGGAUCACCGGCAGGCUACUGGACUGUUGGGCAUCUGGCAGAAUGGGCACAGAGCCAGCAGGUAGCUGAUGGGCAUGGGUCAGGUGAAGGACACGAAGGAGGGGCAACGCCUUCUUUGUGAUCAGAUUGCUCUUCUUACGCAUGUUGGUCCAUCUUGCAGCCUGCUCUCUGCUUCUGAAGGUCUGUGUGGUACCCUACCAAUGUCUGGCCAUCACCGUUCUCAUGAGUUUUGCUCAGGCUGCCACCAGCCCUGUUGAAUGCUCCCAGGAAGUGCCUGUGGACCCAGGUGGGCCACCUGCCAAUGCAUAAGAGGGCCCCAAACCCCCAGUAACUCGGCUGCACUGGCAUAUCUGGGCAUGUGCUCAAGGCAGGGGCAAUGAUGGGGUCCCUUCCAGAAACCUACCUUUCUGAGCCUGUCAGUGAACUCCCACAGAUUCCAGCUCUCCCGUCUCCACCUGUUUUUAGGCUGCCAGAUUGGGUGUGUUGGGGAGGGGGUGUUUCUGCUCACAGGGCCUUUCUAUUCACCUGCCCAGAGCACACAUCUUUCUUUUUAUUUUCUUUAAAGUGACAGCUUAGAAACAAACAACUGAAGAAGCAAGCUUUCUGUUUUGUUUUGAAAUAUAUAAAUAGCUGAAGGGACGGGCUUUCUUGCUGAAUUUGCCUCUUUGUCUCCAGAGAGGGAGGCUUGGCUCAUAGAGUGCCGCUAUCUUUGUGCCCUGGGCUCCCAGGUCCUGCCCUCUUCAGUAAGGCCCAGAAUCUUCAAAGGGGGACAGCUCAGGGCUGCUGAACAGAGACCAGGAGGUCUGGGCCCCCAGGGGUAGGGAUAGUUCAUUAUUUUAUGCUGUGUUCUUUCAGACUAACUUUAACUCUACUUCUUUCUCAUGCACCAGGUUGUUUUCACCAGGUCCAAACCCUGUCAUGGGAUUCUAUAGGGACAAGAACUUAGCUGUCCCCCACCCCAAGUUCCCUUUCUCAGGCUUUUGGGGCUGUCUCCAUCUCAUUUGGGGGAUGACCAUAUCCAGGCCCCUUCCCAUGGAAGUCCUUCUCUUUUCUGUUCCCCCGGACCUGGGGAGGCUUUGACACAAAAUAAUGGUGGGGCUGGGCGGACACAGGACUGCCGCUGUCAGGUAGGGAAAUGCAACAGAAGCCAGAGCCAACCGGAAAGGUCCAGGGAUGCCUGAGCUUGUGGGGUGGAGAGAAGAGAGCCCCCGGAUUGUUCCUAACUUUUCUGAUGCACCAGGUUGUUUUUAAAUUAGGAGAACUAGUAACACUGCAACCUCAGAGGAUUUCUCCAUCCAGGUGUGACCCUGUGUUGGUAGCAAGUUAAUGCUGUUUUUAAUUUCACUGCUUUUAAGUAAGACUCUGCAUCCACUUCUCCAUUUCUACCUACGGGGGAAAUUGAGUUGUCCAGGCCUGCUUGCUGCUUUUCGUUGAGAACAUUUACAGGAACGUCGUCUUCAUAAUUUUUCAGUGCCAUUUGGAAACUACGUGGCUAUUCACGAUUGUUAUCAAGUUGCUGCGGCCUGUUAAUAUAACCCUGUACUUAGUAGCUUGAGUACGGUAAUAUAGUAGGACUUAAGAACGGAAAUUGUUACCAUGUUCGGUGAGGGUAACCUCCAAAAAGAACUCUAAAACCCGAAUGGUCUUCACUCUGUGCUCCAGUGGCCCGGUGGUAGUCAACAUCACUGCAAAUGACAUCUCUGCUUCUAAACAGUGACAUAUUCAUGAGGCGGCUUUGUCCGAUCAGAAGAGGGAUUGAUGGUACUUUUGUCUUCUACUUGCAUGAUGAAAAAAUAAAAACCGUUCAGUCUGGGGAAAAAAUAACCCAGGUCAUGUUAGUCCCCCAUCCCACACUCUCCACUGGCAGAAAAAAAAUCCUAAUUCCUCCUCGUGGCUGACAAAACCCAGCAUUUUCUGGUCUCUGCUGACAUCUCCCAUUGAUCUCUACGCUCCCCCAACACUCGCCUCUCUGCUGCUCCUUAAUACACUAACCACGUCCCAACCUCACGGUUUUUGCACUUGCUUUUCUGUCUCUGGAACUUUCUUCCCGCAGAUAUUCUCAUCGCUGGUUCCCUCAAUUCUUUCAGGCCUCUUUGGAGGCUUUCCCUGCCCAGCUUAUCUGAAGUCAUCCUGUGCCUCUGCCCAUCUCUUCUCCUCUCCUGUCUGCUGUUUGACCCCACGUGCACCUCAACAACAGUGACCUGUGUGAAUGAAUAAGGGUGGGGGCAUUGAAGGGUGACCAUAUACUUUGUCAUCCAGCUGGAACACAUCUGGGAGUGAAAGGGGCAUGACUAAUAACUACACCAGGGCAAGAGGCCUAACUGGCACAUAACGGUCACGCCAAAGAGACAGAACCCCACCAAGUCCAGCUUGGCAUACAGCUCAUCCCUCCUGUGUGUGAUGUCAGAGGGUGGAGACUUCUCUGAGGUCUGGACCCUGGAGCUUUGAGGAACAGGCAGUUUAGAAGGGGGCAGUGGAAAGGAAUUCCUGACCAGAGGCAGUCGGAUAGAAAAUGCUGACGUGUUCAGGGCACGUACCCUGGACGUGG